UCAAUGGAGCGACUGUAACCUGGAGGUCGCGGUCUGUCCUAUAUAACUGGAACUCACAACUGAAGCACCUUACUACCAGAUCCAACCUCACGCAGCCAACACCAAAGCGGAACCAGCUUUAGUAUUCGCGGCCGCAGCGGACAACGCGUUCGCUACCAGUGAUUCUGUGACAGUGUACCCACGUUUACCCGCCAAAAUGAAUAGCUACGUCAAAAUUGUCUUAGUACUAUGCGCGUGCCUCGCGUUAACAUCAGCGCAGUUUAACUUCGGUUUCGGUAAUGGUUACCUCGGUAGCUUCGGCGGUGGCUACACUGGUCUUUCAGCGAGGGAUCCCAGAGCGAAUACUGGACCCGUGGUGUUUCCCCCAUCUCCCCCUGGUGACCCAUCUCAGACUAGCGGCGUUGUUGCUGGAGCUUCUGGUUAUGGUUUCCAACCACCAGGCGCACAAGGUCCAGCGUUCCCUCGAUACUAUUACAGCAGAUACUUCCUAAGAUAAGG